GGUUUGGUGAUGUUUUUAGAGCAUCUUACAACGGGAAAACCGUAGCUCUCAAGCGUAUGAGAAUAUUCCAAAGGGAUCCUAACCUUCCUAGUAUCUGUCGGAAGUUUUGUCAAGAAGCCUUGACAUGGCAAAGCUUGAGGCAUGCAUGCAUGCAUUGUCCCGUUUCUUGGAACUGUAGCGGAGGAAUUUCCGUCCGCUCUUUGCUUGGUAUCUCCAUGGAUGAGAAAUGGGACAGUCCUGAAAUAUCUCGCGGACAACGGCGGAGUUAACGUUGAUAAGCGGUUGUAUGGAAUACAUAAGGACUGGCCUAUCUGGGGCUCUGUGCGGUGGAUGGCGCCCGAGCUCUACUUUCCUCAGUCCUUUGGUCUUGACCGCUUUCGCUUGAUGCCUGCUAGUGACAUAUACGCACUUGGAUGCGUAUGCUUGGAGCUUUACACGGGCCGCGCACCAUUUCACGAUAUUCUUCAUGGCCCUUCUGUAGUCCUCAAGGUGACAGAGGGGAAGAGGCCUGAACGGCCGUCGGGGUCUGAAGCGAUAUCUGAUGAACUGUGGAAACUCGUUGAGUCCUGCUAGAGUCAUCAUUUUAGUGAGCGGCCAGAUAUCGACACCGUGGUCGACGUGAUGUCAACUCUCAGUUAACCAUUUUCGCAGCCUCUAAGCAUCUCAGCUUACCCAACACCAAAUAUUCUGGCACGAAUCCAGGAGAAGGUCAACCUUGGUAGUCAAAAACGUGUCCAUUUCGAUGUAUCUGACUCCCCUAGCUCGACUACAUCCUUGGGAUCGCCGGGAUCCAGGGCUUCGGUGUCCUCACGGGCCCUAUUGUCCCAUCCUAACUUCGAAU